GAAUUUCCGAAUAUCAUGGCGAGUCAAUUAUCUUAAAACCAACUGAUAGUACUUGACAGUUUGCACCAUAACGGUUAAAUAUUCAGGGAAAAUUGAUUACAGAAAAUGAAGGAGUUUUUGCUAGGAGUGUUACUGAUUACGGCGGUUAACGGCCAGGCAAGUGACAGUGAAAGCUCGAACCAGGAGCCAAGAUGUAACUCAAAAUUUGAUAACGAUUUCAAGUUACUGGAGAAACUUGCAAAGUUGGAAGAGAGCCAAGAAACGCUGCUGCUGAACUUGAACAACCAGAAGGACAUCAUCAAUGAAUUGCAAGACAAACUAAGAGUAUCUCUGUUGCCACACUGGGGAGACUGGAGUGCCUGGAGCGAUUGCUACUUAAACUGUACGGGCAGAAACGGAGGUCGUGUACAAAGCAGAUCGAGGGAGACCAUUGCACAUUCAUCAACGCAUGCACCACAAAAAGAGACUGAAGAACGGCCGUGCAAUGCUGUACAGUUUGCAGGCUGUAUUAAAAGCUACGGAGCGGAUGAUAAUUUUGGCGUGACCUAUGACUUCGCAGAUCAAAUUGCAGUCUCUACUUGCACAGCACUUUUGCCAGGAGGCAGUAACCACGUGUAUGCUGUCAGGCGAACAUGCUCAGACCUUGCAGUUUCGUGUGCAGACACGUGUAAACGUGUUAAAACAAAAUGUUUCAAUGCUCUCCAUGUUUACCGUGGUUCGCCACUUCUGAAGAGGAACCAAAAUGGCGCCAAGGGACUGUAUUUGUACCGGUACAACAGUUGUGCAGGAAAUUUCUGCGGUCCCAACUUCUGCUGCUGUCAUGCCUAGUUUUGGAUUGUUGUAGAUACUUUCUGACUCCAAAUAAAAGAAAUAGAUAUAACUAAGAAGGCGGUCACAGUGACAUUGUUUUCUCUUUUAUACAUAUAUCUUAUAUGAUACACUAUUUAUUUUAGCUCCAUAACGAUGAAUAUUUGAGGCGUAUUAGUCUUGGAAAAGUCCGGACAAGUGUCAUACAAAUAUUAGCCCAGCAGGAUUCAAGCCAAAUAUAUUACUAAGGUAUCCGAUCCACAAAUAGACAACAUUUCGAUGCCUGGUGACCCCAUGUUGUUUUGAUAUCAUUUGAAAGAGUUGCGUCUGCUGAACAAGAAUUAGUAAAACAGAUAACCAUAAUAAUAUGAACGAAUCACUACAGUCGUACUUUUUGACUGCGAAAUGAUAAAUCUUACACUGUAAUAACUGGAUUUCUGUUGAAGAAAAACAUUGAAAACUAUAAAGCAAAAUAAUAAAUAUUCUAUAACAUAUUGUUAUCAUUUAAUUUAUAUUUUCUUUUUCAGAAGGCAAUACACUUUCAAAUGAUAUCAAAAUUGUAUGUGCUUAUCAGACAUCAAUGUUUGAGAUAUUUUAAUAGCACUGUUAUAUAGAACUUGCUUAUUUGUAAUAUGAUUUCAGAUGUCCAGGUGAUAUAAAUCACGAAAGUCAGCCUAUAUGACAGAAAUCGUCCACCAUGAAAAAUACCCUGAUCUAAUUUGAGAUUCAUUGACAAAUACGAAACGCAUCACUUUUAUUUUCUUGAGACCCAAUCACGAAAAAAAAAAGCUUAUGAGCAUUUUGUACUAAAAUGCGACGCUAUUCUUUGCUUGGGAUGCUCUUAAUACUCACAGUAAUUUUCUAUUAUUACAACUUGAAUAAAUAUCAAGACGCACUAGAAGGAGCUAGAUGACUGGAAACGUUCUUUUAUGACAAAUCUACAACCAGGAAAAGUUUAUUUCUGCUGUUUGACUGCGAGUAAUAAAAAUUAUACAGUAAAUUAAUGAAAUUUACAAUAAACAUCUUAUAACAUAA